GUCACGGAGGUCAUAUGCAAAUGUUCCAACACAGCAAGAUGGCGGCAAACUUUUGAAAUUUGCAAAUUGUUUGCUCCAGGCCACAUUCCUUCACUUUCGGACUUUGUCUUCCACGCUUCAUAGAUUUAGCUUUGUCAGAGCAGCAUCAUGUCCCACCUUGUGCGAGUAGCGAAUGUCCUGCGGGAUCGAGGCCUGCUACGGAACAGACUCGUGCUCGCGCUCAAACACGACUUACGGAAGCUCUCCACAUCGACAGCCAGGAGGAAGGAUGGAACCCUUAUUAAUCAGCCCCGGACGGCAUCUCUGAUUCUAGAAGAUGGAACAAAGGUCAAGGGUUACUCCUUUGGUAAUGAGAGGUCCAUGGCAGGGGAGGUGGUGUUCAACACUGGACUGGUGGGCUACCCUGAGGCUCUAACGGACCCGAGCUAUCGUGGCCAGAUCCUGACGCUGACAUACCCGAUCGUUGGGAACUACGGUGUCCCUGACACUGCACUGCGAGAUGAGAUGGGCCUCAUGCAGUAUGUGGAGUCUGACAGAAUACAUGUGGCAGGCCUGCUUGUCCAGGACUACUCCCACCACCACAGCCAUUGGAACUCUGUCAAGUCCCUGUCCCAGUGGCUGAAGGAUGAGGGGGUUCCUGCCCUGUACGGGAUAGACACCAGGAUGCUCACCAAACUCAUCAGAGACAGGGGAACUGUUCUUGGAAAGAUAGAGUUUGAGGGAGAUCCUGUAGAGUUUGUUGACCCCAACCUCAGGAACCUCAUGGCAGAAGUGUCCACCAAGGAAGUACAGAUUUUUGGGAAAGGCAACGCAGUGAAGAUUGUUGCAGUGGAUUGUGGGAUCAAGCACAACAUGAUCCGUAACCUGGUGAAGCGCGGCGCGGAGGUGCACGUCGUCCCCUGGAACCACGACCUCAUGAACGAGAGCUACGACGGGCUGUUCCUCUCCAACGGUCCCGGAGAUCCCGCGCUCGCAAAGGAAGCUGUGGAAAACAUGCAAAGGAUUCUGCAGGAGGAGAGACCUGAGCCCAUCUUUGGGAUCUGCAUGGGGAACCAGCUGACUUCUCUGGCUGCGGGGGCAAAGUCCUACAAGCUGCCUCUAGGAAACAGAGGCCACAACCAGCCUGUCCUGAACCUGCUGAACAAUCAGGCCUUCAUCACGUCCCAGAACCACGGCUACGCCAUCGACAACGAGACCCUCCCGCCGGGCUGGAAGCCCAUGUUCAUCAACGCUAACGACCUGACUAACGAGGGCAUCAUGCACGAAACACGGCCCAUCUUCACCGCACAGUUCCAUCCCGAGGCACGGGGAGGGCCUACUGAUACUGAGUUCCUGUUUGACAUCUUCAUGGACAUGAUCAGAAAAGGCAAGGGGACCACCAUGCCUGUAUCCUCAGUCAUUCCUGAGGGCAAACCUAAACCUGCUCCUGUCCACGUAAACAAGGUGCUGGUGCUUGGAUCAGGAGGUUUGUCCAUCGGCCAGGCUGGGGAGUUUGACUACUCAGGCUCUCAGGCCAUCAAAGCACUCAAGGAGGAGAACCUGCAAACUGUCCUGAUGAACCCCAACAUCGCUUCUGUACAGACAAAUGCUCAUGGAGAAAAACAGGCAGACCAUGUUUAUUUCCUUCCCAUCACUCCUGAGUUUGUGAAUGAUGUCAUCAAGAGAGAAAAGCCUGAUGGGAUACUGCUGUCCAUGGGUGGACAGACGGCGCUCAACUGUGGUGUUGAACUCUUUAAGCAGGGCAUCCUACAGGAGAAUGGGGUCCAGGUUCUAGGGACACCCAUCGAGUCUGUCAUGGCCACCGAAGAUCGGCAGAUCUUCUCAGACAAACUCACUGAAAUCAACGAGAAGAUUGCGCCAAGUUUCGCUGUAGAAAGUGUAAAAGAGGCCUUGGAAGCGGCUGCUGAGAUAGGCUAUCCCGUGAUGGUGCGUGCUGCAUAUGCCUUGGGAGGCCUGGGCUCCGGGCUGGCAGAAGACCGUCAUAAACUGAAAGAUAUUGCCACAAAGGCGUUCGCCAUGUCUAACCAGAUCCUGAUUGAGAAGUCCCUGCUGGGGUGGAAGGAAGUUGAGUAUGAGGUGGUGCGAGACUCGGCUGACAACUGUGUCACCGUCUGCAACAUGGAGAACUUCGACCCUCUUGGGGUACACACUGGUGACUCUAUUGUGGUGGCACCAAGUCAGACUCUGUCAAACUACGAGUACCACAUGCUGCGAGAGACCGCGAUCAAGGUUGUCCGCCAUCUUGGCAUCGUGGGAGAGUGUAACAUCCAGUACGCGCUGCACCCCCAGUCACUGGAGUAUUGUAUCAUCGAAGUGAACGCCCGUCUGUCCCGCAGCUCUGCGCUGGCCUCCAAGGCCACAGGAUACCCCCUGGCCUUCAUCGCAGCCAAGUUGGCCGUGGGCCGGCAGCUUCCGGAGAUCAAGAACGCCACGACACAGUCCACCACGGCGUGCUUCGAGCCCAGCCUGGAUUACAUCGUCACCAAGAUCCCGCGCUGGGACCUGGACAGGUUCCAGCUCACCUCCAAACAGAUCGGCAGCUCCAUGAAGAGUGUCGGAGAGGUGAUGGCGAUUGGCCGUACAUUUGAGGAGAGUUUACAGAAGGCCCUGCGGAUGAUCCACCCGUCCAUCGAGGGGUUCGUGUCCCAGCUGCCCAUGGGGAAGUCCUACCCAGCUGACCACAACAUGAGCGAGGCCCUGCGUGUUCCCUCCAGCACACGGAUACAUUCCAUUUGUAAGGCCCUGUAUGAUGGUUACACAGUAGACCAGAUCCAUGACUUGACGGCCAUCGACCGUUGGUUCCUGCACAAGUUGGACAGCAUUGUGAACAUGGAGAGAAACCUCAGGACAUACACCAGGGAAAGCGUUCCAUCUGAGAACCUUGAGCUCGCUAAGAAGGCAGGUUUCUCAGACAAGCAGAUCGGGAAGGCCCUGAACCUGACGGAGGCGGACAGUCGUCAGCUGAGACUGGAGAGGAGCAUCAAGCCGUGGGUCAAGCAGAUCGACACCAUGGCAGCCGAGUAUCCCGCCAAGACUAACUACCUGUACUCUACAUACAACGGCAUGGAGCAUGACCUGACCUUUGACGACCACGGGACCAUGGUGCUCGGCUGUGGGCCUUACCACAUAGGUAGCAGUGUAGAGUUUGACUGGUGCGCUGUGUCAGCUAUCAGGACGCUUCGUGAGCUCGGACACAAAACUGUUGUAGUGAACCAUAACCCAGAGACAGUCAGCACUGACUUUGACGAGUGUGAUCGUCUGUACUUCGAGGAACUUUCUUUGGAGAGAGUUCUGGAUAUCUACGAACAAGAGAAGUGUCAUGGAGCCAUCAUCUCAGUGGGUGGACAGAUCCCCAACAACCUCGCCAUGCCCAUGUACAAGAACAACGUCAACAUCCUGGGUACCAAUCCCGUCAUGAUUGACAAUGCUGAGGACAGGUCAACUUACUCAGCUAUCCUGGAUGAGAUUGGAAUUGAGCAGGCACCAUGGAGAUCCUUGUCUUCUCUGGAUGAAGCUUUAGAGUUUGCUGCUAGUGUGGGCUAUCCCUGCUUGCUGCGACCAUCCUAUGUCCUGAGUGGCUCUGCUAUGAAUGUUGCAUACGGACCAGAGGAGCUGACGAAAUUCCUGGAGGAGGCUUCCAGAGUCUCAAAUGAACACCCUGUUGUGAUCACCAAGUUCAUUGAGGGCGCCCGCGAGAUUGAAAUGGACGCUGUAGCAAAGGACGGCGUGGUUGUUGCCCACGCUGUCUCAGAACACGUGGAGAAUGCAGGUGUGCACUCCGGUGAUGCCACACUCAUCCUCCCCACUCAGACUAUCAGCCAGGAGGCUCUCAACAAGGUUCGGGAGGCGACCCGUGGGAUUGCCAAGAAGUUCUGCAUCUCUGGUCCCUUCAACACACAGUUCCUGGCCAAGGGAGACAAAGUCAUGGUUAUUGAGACAAACCUGCGAGCGUCCCGCUCCUUCCCGUUUGUCUCCAAGACGAUCGGAACAGACCUGAUCGACGUGGCGACCAAGGUGAUGAUCAACCAUCCCCUGGACCUCCCCUCCCUCCCCACCCUGGAGACCCCGCAUAUUCCCCAGGGGUAUGUGGGCAUCAAGGCACCAAUGUUCUCCUGGCCACGCCUGCGUGACGCGGACCCCGUGCUGCGGUGUGAGAUGGCGUCGACCGGCGAGGUGGCGUGUUUCGGACCAAACGUGCACUCAGCGUUUCUCAAGGCCCUCCUCUCCACCGGCUUCAAGAUUCCCAAAAGAAGUGUCCUCAUUGGCAUUCAGCAUUCCUUCCAGCCCAAGUUUCUGCCCACUGCAUUCAAGCUGAAGAGUCUUGGCUACAAGCUGUAUGCCACGGAGGCCACAGCUGCAUAUCUGAACGCACACAAGAUGGACGCCUCACCUGUCGCCUGGCCCAUGCAGGAGGACAGCAGCUCCAUCCUGUCCGCUACAAAGCUGAUCCAGGAGGGUGAGAUUGACCUGUGUAUCAACCUGCCUAACAACAACACCAAGUACGUCAAGGACAACUACCUGAUCCGCCGUGCCGCUGUGGACUCUGGGGUUCCUCUCAUCACUAACUUUGAGGUUACGAAGAUGUUUGCAGAAGCGCUUGAACAGAUGUACGGGAAACUGGAUGCCACCAGCCUGUUCCACUACCAGAAACAUGCCAAGAAGAUGGUGUAAAUCAACAGGAAAUCAGCCGCAAUCUUAUAAACUAUACCUCAUACUCCAAAAUUUUCAUAAACUUAAAAUCAAUUAUUUGUUUUUUUUUAUAGAGACAGUAUAUCUUUGAAUUUAUAUGCUUUCCAGACUUAGAUGAUUUAUGGGUUUAAUAUUUGGGGAUAAUGGUUUCUGAGGGAAAAAACUUAAGACUCCAAACUGUUUGUGGACUGCUUGAGCCACAUAGAAUCAUAUUGUAAAGCUAUUUCGAAACACUUGCAUAUACCAACACAACAUGGGCACUGUAGUCAAGCCGCAAAACAAUUGUUGCAAGAAACAUUGUUUGUAAAUGUGCAAAUAUUCAAAUUAUAUUCUCUGCCCGCUAUCAGAAAAAUGUCUAAAAUCUCUUUAUCUGUCAUUAGAAAAAAGCAGACUGGUAUCCAUGUCAGUCCUCUAAAUUGUGAGAUUAUAUAUUUCUGUGGACAUGGAUUGGUAGGCCAUGUUGGAAAAUGCCAAAGAUACCCAACCCUAACCUUGCGAGUUCAGUGAAAAACUAAUAAAAUUAACAUGGCUAAUUGUAACAUCUUUUACCAAAGGACAAAGCCAUAUUCUUUCUAUGCUUGCACCCUCCAUGGGAAGCAUGGCAGUAGCUGCGCAAGACCGCAACCUUUGGAGGAAGUAUGCUCGACGAGUCGACCAAUGCAACAGUGUUGCGGGAGGGUCUAAGGUCUAAGGUAAGGUCUUGCACCCUCCACUUUGCAAAUUGCCCAUAUUUUUCUGUACUGUAAUCUGGCAAAAGUGCUCAGAAAAUGAAACAACCAUAGAAAAAUCAUCUUUAGGUUUUAUGUGAAACUUGUGCAAACCACAUACCAGUAUGUUUUGUGCAGAGUUAGGAAGAAAAUGUACUUAAUGCUCAUGAUUUGUUUAAACCCAAAUGGACCAAUAUAAGAACUCUGCAUCAUCUAUCAUGAUAAGUUAAACCUUAAGAUGAAGCUGUAACAAAAUAUUACAACAAGACGAGAUUGAAAUAUGUGGACAUGACAAGUUCAAGUACAAUUCAAACUGAAUAAUAAUUUCUUGUAUGUUGUGAACACUGUAACAAAAGAUUUCAACAAGACAAGAUUGAAAUGAAUUCAGAAAGUAGUUAAGGAAACAAACUAGAUUGAUCUGUCAGAUACAUUAUGUUCAAUUCAAAUUCUAUGACUCAUAAUUCCUUGAUGUUGUAAACACUGUACUUUACGAUUGUGACGUGCUGCUCCAAAAUGGCCACCAUAACUGGAAUCGGGAGUACUGUGAACCUCUGUAGUUCCAAAUGAAGUUGCCGUCCUUGUGAAACUAUUUACACCAGAAGUGUUGUCAGUCAUACAGUGUCUAAAAUGUGCACAAUAUUGUCACAUACAGUCAGAUAUUGGUAUUGAUGUCUAGCACAAAGAAAUCUAUAGUUAUGGUGAGAUAACAUAGUAGUAAACGUAGAAAAUGUGUAACUAUUCUAUAUGAGAGGUGAUUGUUCUGUUAACAUGUUAGGGUGAGAACAAGAUUAUGGUGAUAUGAUGAGUCGCUGCAAAGAUCAUCCUAAAACUAGAAACCGAAGGUGCCAAAAAUGCUGGGGAAUCAAACAUGGCUGUUGACUGCUUGUUGCAACUUGGUAUACUCAUGGAAGUCCGUGGAAAACGCAACAGUAACAAAGCCAGUGUUGUUUACGGAGUAUAGCAGAAUAGACCCUGUGAAUUAAAGUCAUAACAUAGCAAGUUACUUUUAGGGUUUAGAAAAAGAAAUGUGUUGAAAAUGUUGCAUAGUAACAACUCCCCAUGUGUGAACCAAGUUGCUAUCAGUAGUCGAAGAACAGAAUAAUACAAACAUGGAACACAAUAUAGUCGCAAUACAGGAACGGAAGAUGUAGAGUGAAGAUAGGAUUUUACAGAAUCAAUGAUACAAACAUUAUGUAGCUAUUGAAGGUAAAUUGGUGUAGUUUUGUGACUGUGAAGUACAUCCUGUCAAGCCUUGUACAUGCACACAGGUUGGUAGUAGUUGUCACAGUGCAGUACAUGUUGUAGUUGUCAGAGGGCCUCGUGACUCCAUGCAUAUCGCAGUUGACUUGACUGAACCCCACCUGAAGUUUCUUUUAAGAAUUUGAAGGAGUGUUUGCUUGCAACUGUAGUUGUAAUUUCAUAGAUAACCAUUUGAUAAUGUAUCUGUGCAUGUUAGCUUACAUAAUAUAUGCAUUGUAUGUUCUCUGAUGUCAUAGUAGUCUAAUGUGGUAAAAGUAUGCUCUUUUUGUAUCCUCUAUCAUUAUUAACGUUACUGUUACAUGUGUAAGUAAAUAAGGGACUGUUCACUGAUUUCUUGGAAAGGCUGUAUCAAAAACUUUUUAAACAUUCAAGAACAGGCAAAAGUUCUCUCAAAUAUUUUUUGUACUGUUUAUCUGUUGUUCUGUCAAUGAAAAAAAUAAUUUCUCAUGAAGGUCAACUUUUGUUACAGUCCCCUCCAAGACAUAUAGUGAUUCAUCCCUAAAGUUAGGUCACCAGAGAUGUUAACAUUUACAAUUUGGAAUUAAAAAUGAUGUCUGAAAUCG